AUGAGGAACAUGGCGGACGGGGUCAACGGCAGCUCGGGAGGCAGCAGCAACGCUAAUGGCGUUCAUGGCGUUCAUGGCAACGGCAACGUUGUUAAUGGCAAUAAUGGCCCAGCCUAUGUGAAUGGAAACCCCCAGCUUGCCCAUCGACUGAAGGCUCAACGUAAGGCAUCAAGCCCAAUGGCCCCGACCUUUAUGGUUUCUGCGCCGGGCAAGGUCAUUGUCUUCGGGGAGCAUGCGGUUGUCCAUGGAAAGGCUGCGAUUGCUGCUGCCAUAUCCAUGCGCUCGUACCUACACGUAACCACUCUCUCCAAGUCUCGAAGGACCAUAUCUCUCCGCUUCCCCGACAUCGGCCUCGAGCACACGUGGAACAUCGACGAUCUGCCAUGGGAGCUGUUUCACAGCCCGGCCAAGAAGAAAUACUACUACAGCCUCGUGACCGGGCUGGAUGACGAACUCGUCGCCGCCCUCCAGCCCUAUCUCGCCACCAUAUCACCCCACAAGCAGGGAGAGGCGCGCAAGGUGCACCAGAAUGCCGCUCUUGGCUUCCUCUAUCUGUUCCUGUCUCUCGGGAGCCAGUCAUUCCCGGGCUGCCUGUACACGCUACGAUCUACCAUCCCUAUCGGGGCUGGACUCGGAAGCAGUGCGUCCAUCGCGGUGUGCGUGGCCGCCGCCCUGCUCCUGCAGCUGCGGACGCUGUCGGGCCCCCACCCGGACCAGCCUGCGGAGGAGGCCCUCCUGCAGCUCGAACGCAUCAACCGCUGGGCCUUUGUGUACGAAAUGUGCAUCCACGGCAACCCCUCGGGUGUCGACAACACCGUCGCGACGCAAGGCAAAGCCGUGGUGUUUCAGCGCACCGAUUACACCAAGCCCCCGACGGUGCGACCGCUGUGGGAUUUCCCGGAGCUCCCGCUGCUCCUCAUCGAUACCAUGCAGGCCAAGUCGACGGCGAACGAAGUGGCCAAAGUGGCCCGGCUGCGCGACACGCACCCGAACCUCGUGGGCAGCAUCCUGGAUGCCAUUGACCGGGUCACGGGAACGGCGGACACGCUCCUGGGCGACGACUUUGAUGCCGAGGACGAGGACAACCUGCGCCAGAUUGGCGAGCUCAUGACUAUCAAUCACGGCUUGCUGGUGUCGUUGGGCGUGUCGCACCCGCGCCUGGAGCGCAUCCGCGAGCUGGUGGACCACGAGGGCAUCGGUUGGACCAAGCUCACGGGGGCCGGAGGCGGCGGGUGCUCCAUCACGCUUCUCCGGCCGGGCAUCGGCCCUGCCAAGUUGGUUCGCUUGUACGGCCAGCUCCAGGAGGAAGGGUACCGGACAUUUGAGAUGACGCUCGGGGGGGAUGGCGUCGGCGUGCUGUGGCCGGCUGUGCUCAAGAACGGCAUGGACGAGGAUCACGCCGGCGGCAUGGAAAUUGACCUGGAGAAGUUCCUCAAUGCCGAGGGCAACGAGGGCGUGGAGCGGCUAGUGGGCGUACACGGCAGCACGGGCGAGAGGGGGGGCUGGAAGUUUUGGAGGGUUGAGAAUGAGUGA